AUGAAUACUAUCAUUGCUGCUGUUUCCAAAUUGAAGGGUUGCAUACGACAAAUCGAAGAAUUGAAUCCAAGUGGAGCAUCAGAGGAAGAUAUUAUGAAUCGUGUUCAAUUGUUAUUAUUACAAGACCCUAAUUACUCAAAGGGUUUCAAAUUUGGACAUGUGUGGAGCAUUCUUCAAGCUGAUUAUUCUCCAUCAUAUAAUCUCGAGAAAGAUGUUUCUUCACCUUCAUCUCCACAUGUCUCUUCGUUUAAUCUUAACAUCACUGAUUCAGACAGUGGUGGUACUUCAACUAAACGACCUAUUGGGGUGAAGAAAGCAAAAUUGAAGAGAAAGAAUGAACAACAAUUCAGUAAAAUGGUUUCACAGAAUGAAGAACUUGUUGCAGCGUUAGAUCGAAGUACCAAUGUUGCUAUGUUCAAGGAAAAGAAUAAAAUUUUAUUCAAAGACAGUGAAUACCAUUGUUGA